AAAAUAACCCCAAAAUUUUUGGCCGCAUAUAAAUAACCCCCACCCACAUUCGCCCCAGAAUUUAAUUCAAAUCACCGUUUUCACUUCCAUCAUAUCAACGCUGCAAAACUUUUAGAAUCUGCGUCGAUCUCAGAUUCAGAAUUUGUGAUCGGGUAAUCGUAAAUGUCGGCGGCGGCGAUUGCCAGGGGAAGCUCAGGCCUCGCUUAUCCGGAGCGAUUCUAUGCGGCGGCGGCCUAUGCUGGCUUCGGCGGUGGUGGAUCCCCAAAAUCUGCGGCUGAAGGCGUGGCCUCUAAGUUCUCAAACGACACAGCUUUACUCCUUUACGCCCUCUACCAGCAGGCAACUGUGGGGCCUUGCAACAUUCCUAAGCCUAGAGGUUGGAGUCCCAUUGAGCAAGGCAAAUGGACAAGCUGGAAUGGACUUGGAAACAUGGCUUCCACAGAGGCAAUGCGUCUCUUUGUUAAAAUUUUGGAGGAGGAAGAUCCAGGAUGGUAUUCAAGAGCAUCAAACCACAUCGCAGAGCCAGUUGUACAUUUAGAAAUGAAUCAUAAUCCGGAAGUUGUGGCGGUCUCUGAGAAUGGAAAUAUUUUGCCUGAGACAAAGAGCGUUCCUAUUGAAAAUGGUAACCUAUCAGAAACUCAGGAUAAAGAUGUCGUAUCUGAAGGCCUUGGAGUAGUUAAUGUAUAUGACCAGUGGGUUUCACCUCCAGUAUCUGGCACACGUCCCAAAGCCCGAUAUGAGCAUGGAGCAGCAGUUAUAGAUGAUAAGAUGUACAUAUUCGGUGGAAACCACAAUGGGCGUUACCUAAAUGAUCUGCAGGUUCUGAAUAUGAGAAGUUGGACAUGGUCAAAAGUUGAAGUUCGAGGAGUGAAUGAUGGCACAACGACUCCCUGUGCUGGUCAUACCUUGAUACCAUGGGAUGGAAAUAAGCUUCUUUCAGUAGCAGGACAUACGAAGGAUCCUUCUGAAACUUUACAAGUAAAGGUGUUUGACCUGCAAACUUGUACAUGGUCGACCUUGAAGACUUAUGGACAACCUCCGGUCUCUCGAGGAGGGCAGUCUGUGACCCUGGUGGGAACAACUCUGGUCAUAUUUGGCGGACAGGAUGCAAAGAGAUCUCUUUUGAAUGACCUGCAUAUUCUGGACUUGGAAACCAUGACCUGGGAUGAAAUGGACACAGUGGGCGUGCGGCCUUCCCCAAGAUCUGAUCAUGCUGCUGCUGUACAUGCAGAUCGCUACCUCCUUAUCUUUGGUGGUGGUUCACAUGCCACUUGCUUUAAUGAUCUGCAUGUUCUUGAUCUUCAAACUAUGGAAUGGUCAAGACCAAUACAGCAGGGUGAGAUACCUAGUCCUCGUGCCGGCCAUUGUGGUGUUACAGUUGGAGAGAAUUGGUUUAUUGUUGGUGGAGGCAACAAUAAAAGUGGAGUCUCUGAGACAGUUGUACUCAACAUGUCCACGUUGGUCUGGUCAGUUGUAACUACUGUUCAAGGGCGUGUUCCCCUUGCUAGUGAGGGUUCAAGUUUGGUCCUGAGUUCCUACAACGGGGAAGACAUCCUGGUUGCAUUUGGAGGAUAUAAUGGGAGAUACAACAAUGAGGUCAAUGUACUAAAACCAAGUCAUAAGUCAACUUUACAAUCAAAGAUGAUGGAGACACCAGUGCCUGAUAGUGUAUCAGCUGUCCAAAAUGUUACAAACCCGACGAGAGAUGUUGAAUCGGAGUUCGAGACGGGCCAAGAAGGAAGAAUAAGGGAAAUUGUUAUGGAUAAUAUUGAUUCAGAACCAAAGAUUACAAAGGUUGAAGAGACAAAUGAGCAUCGUGUAACAAUCCUUAAGACAGAAAAGGAAGAACUAGAAUCAUCUCUCACUAAGGAGAAAAUGCAAACAUACCAGCUGAGGCAAGAGUUGACAGAAGCUGAAACUCGGAACUCAGACCUGUAUAAGGAGCUCCAAUCUGUGCGAGGUCAGCUUGCUGCUGAACAAUCCAGAUGUUUUAAACUUGAGGUAGAUGUUGCUGAGCUAAGACAGAAGCUACAAACAAUGGAGACCUUGCAGAAGGAACUCGAUAUCCUCCAGAGGCAAAAGGCUGCUUCAGAACAAGCAGCAUUAAAUGCAAAACAAAGGCAGAGCUCAGGUGGCGUUUGGGGGUGGCUUGCCGGAACACCACCUACCGAAAGAGUCGAUGAUUCAUCCUAAACUUUACUGCAUACUGAUUCCCAGGUUUGAGACUCGUCAAAAUUAUAUACAUCUCAUGAUCUGUUGCCUUUUGGGCGCAAAUAAGAACGUAUUUAGUUUCUUAGAUUGAGAAGGACAAACAUAUACAUGUUGAAACUGAGCUGUGUAGGUUGAGGAGGUGAUUCAUGCUAUAUAGUUUUUGAGGAUGUGAUUCUUCAUUAUGACUUUGUGUGCUAGCAAAAAGGAUUAUAGUCUGAGUGGAAGUAUAGACAUUAAUAAUUUUUGGGAACGAUUGAGCGAUCAUAUAAGUUUGUAAUUGGUUGUGGUGUAUGAUGAUAUUGCAUAUUGCAACGAUUUUAUCACACUUAGUCCCCUGAUUGACUAAACUUA